AUGGGCAGAUCAUCUGGAAGAUAUCUGGAAGUCUGGGAGGUAUCCCUGCACACAGCAGGGGAUUGGAAACUAGGUGAUCUCUAAGGUCCCUUCCAACCCAAGCCAUUCAAUGAUCCCAUGAAUGAAGGAUGCAGGCAAUGGGACAGAGAUUCAGGUCCACAGAGCCUGGACUUCUGGCCAUAAUUCUGCCAUUGCUGGCACCCCACCACAGAAAGGAAGACUCUGCUGGCCUUUUCUGACUCUUGUGCAUUCCCCAAAGUUUUGGGAGCACAAGGUUUCUCAUCAGUGGCCAAGAACACUUUCUAAUGCAUAGUUUAAUAGGAUUUUAGCCUUCUGCACUUGUGUGAGGCUUCUCAAGGCUUCAACAUUUUUUAGGUUCCCUUAGGUUUUAGCCUUCAGCUCACAAAAGCAACAUCUGCAGGGCUCUCACACGGUGAUGCCAGUCCACCUCAGCUGUGCUUUGGCAUCAGCCUACUGAAGGACAAGCGUGUGGCAGCUUUCCUGGUUUACCUUCGAGCCAAGACUGAGUCAUAGCAUUGGCACACACAGCCACAGUGCCAGCUAUAUAGACAUGUGAGUCUCCAUCUGGGGACUGGCACACACACCAUGGCUCGCUGGGAGCUCCUGUGCUUUGCCCUGUGCUCCUGCCUCGGGGUAGCAAGGGCCGCAACCCUGGGUGUAGUGAACACCGAGGGCGGCUUUGUGGAAGGCGAGAGCAAAAGACUGGGACUCUUUGGGGACUAUGUUGACAUCUUCAGAGGGAUCCCCUUUGCUGCCCCUCCAAAGACUCUGCAAGACCCUCAACCUCACCCUGGCUGGGAUGGAACACUGAAAACAACUGAGUUCAAAAGUUAUUGCAUGCAGACCACACUGUUACAAAAUGAUGUCCGUGGGACUGAGGACUGUCUCUAUCUGAACAUCUGGAUCCCUCAAGGGAAGAAACAGGUCUCUACCAACCUCCCAGUGAUGGUCUGGAUAUAUGGUGGCGCCUUCCUCAUAGGAGAGGCUGAGGGAACCAAAUUCUUUAAUAACUACCUGUAUGAUGGUGAGGAGAUCGCUGUGCGGGGCAACGUGAUCGUGGUGACCUUCAACUAUCGCGUGGGGCCUCUGGGCUUCCUGAGCACUGGAGAUGAAAACUUGCCAGGGAACUACGGGCUGAAGGACCAGCACAUGGCUAUUGCCUGGGUGAAGAGGAAUAUCAAGGCCUUUGGAGGUGAUCCAGAGAACAUCACCAUCUUUGGAGAAUCAGCUGGUGCUGUCAGUGUCUCCCUUCAGAUGUUGAGCCCAAAGAACAAAGGUCUGUUCAAGAGAGCCAUCAGCCAGAGUGGAGUAGGUCUCUGCAGCUGGGCCAUCCAGAGGCACCCGCUCAGCUGGGCUAAAAAGAUUGGAGAAAAUGUGGGCUGCCCCACAGACAACAGCACCGUCUUGGCUGAAUGCCUGCGCGUCUCUGACCCCAAAGCUGUGACACUUGCCUUCAAAAUGCAGCUCAUCAACCUGUCUGGUCCUCUGGUUCACACACUUACUCUCACUCCUGUCGUCGAUGGAGACUUCCUCCCAGACACACCAGAGAACCUCUUUGCCAACACUGCUGACAUAGACUACAUAGCUGGGGUCAAUGACAUGGAUGGACACAUCUUUGUUGGCGUUGAUGUACCCGCUAUCAACCGCCCACGCGUAAAUGUCAGCGCGGAUGAGGUCUAUAAAUUGAUCAAAGGACUUACCGUAGACAGGGGCCAGCGUGGAGCCAAUCUAACUUACACUCUGUACACGCAAGCGUGGGGCAACAAUCCAGAACAGGAGGUCGUGAAGAAGACAGUGGUGGAGGUGGCUACUGACUACAUCUUCCUGGUUCCCACACAGUGGACACUGAACUUGCACCUGCGCAACGCCCGGACUGCCAAGACAUACAGCUAUGUGUUCUCACAGCCAUCCCGAAUGCCCAUCUACCCAAGCUGGGUAGGAGCAGACCACGCUGAUGACCUGCAGUAUGUGUUCGGGUUGCCUUUCUCCAUCCCUCUGGGCUACCUGCCCAAGCACAGGACUGUCUCAAAAGCCAUGAUUGCUUACUGGACCAACUUUGCCAAGACGGGGAAUCCCAACGAAGGGAAUUCAGAGGUGCCCGUUACCUGGCCGGCCUACACCACUCAGGGUGGUUACUACCUGGACAUUAACAACGACAUGAACGACAGCUCUGUGAAAGAGAAUCUGAGAGCUGAGUUUGUGAACUUCUGGAACUCAGUCUACCGCAGCCUGCCACAGGUUGCCGACAUCAACUAAACUGCAAACUAACAAAAACCAUUCUUAGAGAUAGGCCCAGUUCAUUAAAGCUUGCUUGUAGCUGAACAAUCCUCACUUCUCUGGGUCUUUGCUGUGAAAGGUUUU